UACAGACCCCUGAAUCCGUUGGCAAGAGAGAUACGUCUUCUGAGCCUCGCAAAACCGCUCAGCCCAGACGGUUUUUGCAUCACUCUGAGACACUGUCGUCUCGACGAGGCGCCGCCGUUUAUGGCCAUAUCGUACUACUGGGGCGACCCAACUCCUAGAUGUGACGUUGUGUGUAACGGACAAGCGUUCAAAAUCACGGGAAGCCUGGACUGUGCCCUCAAGCGCAUCUUCAUGUGGAGGCAGGAUCUCGUCCUUUGGGCUGACGGCAUAUGUAUCAACCAAAAGGACAUCUCCGAGCGCGCUUCGCAAGUCAUGCUCAUGGGCGACAUCUACAGCAAAGCUCAAGCUACCGCCGCCUAUCUCGGCGAGAAUCUCGCAAAUGGCGACGAAAGCGACAAUAGCCUAGAGACUGACCAGACGCCUUUCGCAUUGAUGCACCAGCUAAACGCUAUCUGGGCGUGUCUGAUGCAUCUCUGCUCGCAGCCCUGGUUUUCCCGUAGCUGGGUCUUGCAAGAGGUUGUUUUGGCCAAAGAUGUGCUUGUU